UAAAAUAAAGAAAGUGAUCGCGUUUUGAUAACAGUCUACAAAUAAAGUCAAAACAACUACAAACAAGCCAAAAUGAGUCAAUUUCAGUCGCCAAUGCCCAACAGGGAGUUUUUAUGGGACGUUUUUCAAAGGGUGGACAGGGACAGAAGUGGAUUUAUUAACACCGAAGAGCUGCAACAAGCUCUUUCCAAUGGAACAUGGAGCCCCUUCAACCCCGAAACAGUCAGAUUGAUGAUUGGUAUGUUUGAUCGUAGAAACAUGGGGCAAGUAAGUUUUGAGGAUUUCGGAGCUCUAUGGAAAUACGUUACAGAUUGGCAGAACUGCUUCAAGUCUUUUGAUAGAGAUGGCUCAGGAAAUAUUGAUAGAAAUGAACUAAAAACUGCCCUUACUACAUUUGGUUACCGAUUUUCCGAAAGUCUCAUCACCACCCUGUUGAGAAAGUUUGAUAGGCAUGGUAAUGGCACUAUUUUGUUUGACGAUUUCAUCCAAUGCUGUAUUGUGCUUUAUACCUUAACUGCAGCAUUCAGGCAACAUGACACAGAUCAAGAUGGAGUCAUACAAAUUCAUUACGAGCAGUUUUUAAAUAUGGUAUUUAGUUUGAAAAUAUAAAAUAUUUUAUUGGUACCCAUUUGAAAUUAAGACAUUUAGAAUUAGUAAAUAAAUGUAAGUUUAUCUAUAAGAUAGAUCUGUCAUUAAAUGGCCCAAUAAAAGAAACUCUUGUGCCACAUUUAUUCGUAACUUGUUAUACAGCUUUAUUACUCUAAAUUUGUUUUUUAAUGUUAUAUUCCAUUUUAAAUGUAUAUUUAUUAGAUUUUAUAUUUAAGGUAUUUCCAAAUAUAUCCAGUUCUGUGUUACAAAUAAGUAUUUUACUUCUAAAUGCCAA